AUGGUUGUGAACCUCGUCAAGGGGAUAAUCGUCGUCUUCCCAACAGGGCUUGGGCCUGUGGGGAACAUCUUUGUUCUUGUGCAUUAUGUAUGCAUUUUUCAAGGCAGUGAGAAGAAACCUAUACACCUUAUUCUCAUCCAUUUGGCCUUCACCAAUAUUAUAACCCUUUUCUCCAGGGGAAUGCCAAGGACAGUAGCAGCUUUUGCUUUGAUGAAUUUUCUUUAUGAUGUUGGCUGUAAGAUACUGGGUUACCUGGAAAGAGUGGCCCGGGGCCUGUCCAUCUGCACCACCAGUCUCCUCACAGUGGUCCAGGCCAUCACCAUCAGUCCCAGAGCCUCCAGGUGGGGGAGACUAAAACCCAGGUCUGCAUGGCACGUCCUUCCCCUGUUCCUCUUCUUUUGGAUGCUCAAUUCCUUGAUAAGCAUGAACUUACUAUUUUACAUCAAAAAUAUCAGCAACAUGAACACAUCAGAAAUUAUUAGAAGUGACAACGACUGUUACUUUCAACCUCACAACUGGAUAAUCAGAUGGAUUUUUAUUGUUCUCAUGGUCCUUCGAGAUGCUGUGUUCCAGGGUGCCAUGGGCUGGGCCAGUGGCCACAUGGUGUCCCUCCUCCACAAGCACCACCAGCAGGUGCUCUACCUUCAGACCUCCAAGCUCCUCCACAGAACACCCCCUGAGGUGAAAGCCUCUCAAAGUUUUCUUCUCUUAAUGCUCUGCUUUCUCUUCUUUUAUUGGACAGAUUGCUUUAUGACUUUACAUCUAAAUUUCUCCGUACACAAGGAUUCCAUAACAGAAAUUACUCAAGAAACUCUGACUCUUGGUUAUGCAAUGUCAGUCCCUUUGUGCUAA